CCCUGUACUAAUCCAGAGAUGGGAGGAGAUUUGUAACAAAUGCAGUUUGGAUUUAAUGUUACUUACAAUCGAUAGGUUGCAAGUUAAAGUUCAGCCGAUCCGUGAAGAAAUCGAGAGGCUGAAAGUGGAAGUGAGGCAAAGUGAGUCAGAGGAGGCGGCACAGAAGACCUUUAACGAACAAGCGGAAACGCUGAUUAAACUACGUGCUGCUAUUACAGAGCGAAAGGCGGCGAAAUUUGAACGGGAUACACAAGAUUACCUCCAACGGCGGGUGUACACUUGGAGAGAGGAGCGGAAUAGGCAGCGGUGGGGGCGGAGGAACCCGAACAUCGGCCUGCAAGCUCCUGAAGGAGAAGUGUAUUUGACAGAGAGCCGUUACAGACACCCUCGAGGAUAUCCAAAAAGAGCACAAGGAGGAUAUCGGCGCUCCUAUCCACAACAAUAUCCCCCACAACGGUAUCCCUCUCAGCAGUACUCGAGCGAUUACAGUGAACAAACGUCAAGCGAAGAGCUACUAGAUUCGUCAGCAGACCGAGGAGCGGCACAAUGUGUUUCUUUUCCUUUUUUAGGUCAAAGCCAGGCGGGCCAAGAUGUGGGACCCGCAAGAGAGAACAGUACAAGAGGCAAAGGGCAUCGAAAGAAUCCCAGGGCCCCUCUUCAGAGGGAAGAUUAUCCACGCAGAACACAAUCGUACAAGAGAUAUUAAGUGAUGCCUAUCCUCUCAGCUGGGGGUAAGAGUGUAUCUGAAGAUAUGGAACCUUGGCACUUGGACACUACAUGUACACUGGAGAUCACUGGGACUUUUAAACGUUUUAUACGUUCUAUGUUUUCUACCUAUUUUACACUUUUACUCUGGACUAAUGAGUUAAUUGGUGGGAGGAGGAGCACUGUUUGGCAAUUAAGGCUAUAAGAUGUGGUUUGAUCAUGUGAUUGUUACACUUGAGAAAGGGUCCAUGUGACUCGAAACAUGUCGUGUGUACAAUAAAGCACUAACGCAGCAGA